AUGGCGCUCACCCCGGUCGACACCACGCUCCAAGUGCCCCCUCCUGACCCUGUCAAAGAGCCUCCUGAGGUUGCCGUUACGCCCUGCGAUCCUUGGCCUGCGCCGUAUUAUUUCGAAGGUGGUCUGCGGAGGGUUAAGCCGUACCACUAUACUUACAACACCUACUGCAAGGAACGAUGGCGCGACAGACGGCUGGUAGAUAUCUUCGUGUCUGAGUUCAGGGAUCGUCCGCCAGAGUACUAUAGACAAGCAAUUGAGGCGGGCCAGGUUGCGGUUGACGGCAAGCCAGCAGGUCCGGAGACCAUCAUCAGAAACGGCCAAGUCAUUUCUCAUACCCUCCAUCGACACGAACCACCCGUCACCGGUCUCCCAAUUGGCGUCAUUCACGAAGACGAUGACCUGCUUGUCAUUGACAAACCGGCCGGUGUGCCGGUCCACUCGGCUGGAAGAUAUCAUUACAACUCGAUCGUGGAGAUCCUGCGCUCGGAACGCGGCCACCAGUUUCACCCCCGGCCGUGCAACCGGCUCGAUCGCCUGACGUCCGGCGUCAUGUUUAUCGGGAAGCAUCCCAAGGCUGCGGAGGCGAUGUCUGUCAAGCUGAAACAACGCACGCUGCAGAAGGAGUACGUGGCUCGCGUCAAGGGCAAAUUCCCGGACGGCGUGGUUGUCUGUGACCGGCCCAUCAUGCAGGUUAGCCCCAAGCUGGGAUUGAAUCGGGUACGCGCAACGGGGAAAGAGGCAACGACCAAAUUCCGACGACUGGCGUAUUAUCCUCCGCACCAACAUUCCAAGGACUCGUCUCAUACUACCCAAGAUGACGACUCUACCGGGAACGGUGAGAAGACAUCCGGAGCUGCCACACCUCCUGCGCUCGCCAAUGAAGACGAGGGCUACAGCAUUGUCCACUGCCUCCCUUUAACAGGUCGGACGCAUCAGAUCCGUGUCCACCUUCAGUUCCUGGGCCAUCCGAUCUCCAAUGAUCCCAUCUACUCGAACAGACGUGUCUUUGGGCCGGAUCUUGGAAAACACGAAGACACCGCAGAUCGGGACAAUGAAAUCAUCGACCGGCUGUCAACAAUGGGCAAGACAGAGGUUGCCGAUCCAGGAACUUACCGUACACAUCUCACAGCAGCACCUUCAGUGCCGCCGGGAACGGACCCUGCCAUCAUCGAGCAGAUCAUGUCGCGAGAGCACGAGGCUGCCGUGCACGAAUACCACAAGCGCAAGGGCGAAAGGCUAUCCGGUGAAAAAUGCGAUGUUUGCGGCACAGAACUCUACACUGACCCGGGCGCCCAUGAACUGGGUAUCUUCCUCCAUGCAGUCGCGUAUGCCGAUAAUGGCGGGGACUGGAAGUACCAGAGUAAGAUGCCAUCCUGGGCCCUGCCUCCGGAAGGCAUGGACGGUCCACGGGAGACGCCGGAUUGGGUUCCAGCGGCAGAAGGCGAGGAAAUUGUCAUCGGUGAUGGAACCAUGCCGCCGGGGUUAGGUGGUGAUGAUGUUGACGGGCCAUCCCAUAAGGAAAUGCCGGCUCUUGUUCGGGGCGUUGGUCUGGUAGAUAUCUCCUCAGCAAGGAGACAGCCAAAUGCCAGCCUAGAACAGGCACAGGAACAGCAAGAAGAUCAGUAUACAGCUGCAUAA